UCUCGUCCCGCGCAACUUGGGGACGGCGGCCGCUCGCCGUUGGAUGUUCCCCUCCGGGAGCGCAUGGCUGGGGAAGCGAGGCGCGGGCCAGGGCCCCGGGGGGGCGCCGUCCGCGAGCUGCUGCUGCUGCUGCUGCUGCUGUGCCUGCGGGUGCCGAGCGGGCGCCCCUACAACGUGGACACCGAGAGCGCGCUGCUCUACCGGGGCCCCCCCAACACCCUGUUCGGCUACUCGCUGGUGCUGCACGGCCACGGCGCCAACCGAUGGCUCGUGGUGGGGGCGCCCACGGCCCGCUGGCUGGCCAACGCCUCGGUGGUCAACCCCGGCGCGAUUUACCGCUGCAGGAUCGGCGGGAACCCAGGCCUGACGUGCGAACAGCUCCAGCUCGGUAGCCCCAAUGGAGAACCCUGUGGAAAGACUUGCCUGGAAGAAAGAGACAACCAGUGGUUGGGGGUCACACUUUCCAGACAGCCAGGAGAAAACGGAUCCAUCGUGACUUGUGGGCAUAGAUGGAAAAAUAUAUUUUAUAUAAAGAAUGAAAAUAAGCUCCCCAUGGGGGUUUGCUAUGGAAUGCCCUCUGAUUUACGAACAGAACUGAGUAAAAGAAUAGCUCCGUGUUAUCAAGAUUACGUGAGAAAAUUUGGAGAAAAUUUUGCAUCCUGUCAAGCCGGAAUAUCUAGUUUUUACACCGAGGAUUUAAUUGUGAUGGGAGCCCCUGGAUCAUCUUAUUGGACUGGAUCUCUUUUUGUCUACAAUAUAACUACGAAUAAAUACAAGGCUUUUUUAGACAGACAAAAUCAAGUCAAAUUUGGGAGUUAUUUAGGGUACUCAGUUGGAGCUGGUCAUUUUCGGAGUCCACAUACUACUGAAGUAGUUGGAGGAGCCCCUCAACAUGAACAGAUUGGUAAAGCAUACAUAUUCAGCAUCGAGGCAAAAGAACUAAGUAUCUUACAUGAAAUGAAAGGAAAGAAGCUUGGCUCUUACUUUGGAGCUUCUGUUUGUGCUGUGGACCUCAAUGCAGAUGGCUUCUCAGACCUACUUGUGGGAGCUCCCAUGCAGAGCACCAUCAGGGAGGAAGGCAGAGUGUUCGUGUACAUCAACUCUGGCUCGGGAGCAGUAAUGAAUGAAAUGGAAACCGAGCUCAUUGGAAGUGACAAAUACGCUGCAAGAUUUGGGGAAUCUAUAGUUAAUCUUGGUGACAUUGAUAAUGAUGGCUUUGAAGAUGUGGCGGUUGGAGCUCCACAAGAAGACGACUUGCGCGGUGCCGUUUAUAUUUACAACGGCCGAGCAGACGGGAUCUCCACGGCAUUCUCACAGAGAAUUGAAGGAUUUCAAAUCAGCAAAUCACUAAGUAUGUUUGGACAGUCUAUAUCUGGACAAAUUGAUGCAGAUAAUAAUGGAUAUGUAGAUGUGGCAGUUGGCGCUUUUCGUUCCGAUUCUGCUGUGUUGCUAAGGACAAGACCUGUAGUGAUUGUUGAAGUGUCUUUAAACCAUCCUGAGUCAGUAAAUAGAACAAAUUUUGACUGUGUUGAAAAUGGAUUGCCUUCUGUGUGUAUGGAUCUAACACUGUGUUUCUCAUAUAAGGGCAAAGAGGUCCCAGGCUAUAUUGUUUUGCUUUAUAACAUGAGUCUGGACGUGAACCGGAAGAUAGACUCGCCAUCGAGAUUUUACUUUUCUUCUAAUGGAACAUCUGAUGUGAUUACGGGCAGCAUGAAAGUGUCGAGCAAAGUGCCUAACUGCAGAACACAUCAGGCGUUUAUGCGGAAAGAUGUGCGGGACAUCCUCACCCCAAUUCAGAUUGAAGCUGCCUACCGCCUGGGGCAGCACGUCAUCAGUAAACGAAGUACAGAGGAAUUCCCACCACUUCAGCCAAUUCUCCAGCAGAAGAAAGAAAGAGACAUAAUUGAAAAAACAAUAAACUUUGCAAGAUUUUGUGCCCAUGAAAAUUGUUCUGCUGAUUUACAGGUUUCUGCAAGAAUUGGAUUUUUAAAGCCACAUGAAAAUAAGACCUAUGUUGCUGUUGGGAGCAUGAAGACAGUGAUGUUGAAUGUGUCUUUGUUUAAUGCUGGAGAUGAUGCAUAUGAAACGGCUCUGCACAUCAGACUCCCCUCCGGCCUUUACUUCAUUAAGAUUUUAGAUCUGGAGGAGAAACAAAUAAACUGCGAAGUAACAGACAGCUCUGGCUCAGUCAAACUUGACUGCAGCAUUGGUUAUAUAUACAUGGAUCGUCUCUCAAGGAUGGAUAUCAGCUUUCUCCUGGAUGUGAGCUCACUCAGCCAAGCCGAAGAGGAUCUCAGCCUUACAGUGCAUGCCACCUGUGCAAAUGAACGGGAAAUGGACAACCUGAACAAAGUGACGUUAGCAAUCCCUCUCAAGUAUGAAGUCAUGCUGUCUGUUCACGGGUUUGUCAACCCAACCUCAUUUAUAUAUGGGCCAAAAGAAGAAAAUGAGCCUGAUACGUGCAUGGCAGAGAAAAUGAACUUCACUUUCCAUGUCAUCAACACUGGCCAUAGCAUGGCUCCAAAUGUUAGUGUGGAAAUAAUGGUACCAAAUUCUUUUGCCCCCCAAACUGAUAAGCUGUUCAACAUUUUGGAUGUCCAGCCUGCUGGAGAAUGCCAUUUUAAAACAUAUCAAAGAAAGUGUGCAUUAGAGCAGGAGAAAGGUGCGAUGAAGAUCCUAAAAGACAUUUUCACGUUCUUGUCAAAGACUGAUAAGAAGCUACUGUUCUGCAUGAAAGCUGAUCCAUACUGUUUAACUAUUUUGUGCCAUUUGGGGAAAAUGGAAAGUGGAAAAGAAGCCAGUGUUCACAUUCAGUUGGAAGGCCGGCCCUACCUUUCAGAAAUGGAUGAGACUUCAGCCCUCAAGUUUGAAGUAAGAGUAACAGCUUUUCCAGAACCCAAUCCAAAAGUUAUUGAACUAAACAAGGAUGAGAAUGUUGCACAUGUUCUACUUGAAGGAUUACAUCAUCAAAGACCCAAACGUCAUUUCACAAUAGCGAUUAUUUUGAGCAGCUUGCUACUUGGACUUAUUUUACUUCUACUGAUUUCAUGUGUUAUGUGGAAGGCUGGAUUCUUUAAAAGACAGUACAAAUCUAUCCUACAAGAAGAAAACAGAAGAGACAGCUGGAGUUAUGUUAACAGCAAAAGCAAUGAUGAUGAUUAAAGACUUCUUUCAAAUUGAGAGAAUAGACUCAGGUUAACCAAAGAAAUUUAAGACAUUGUUUACAAGAAACCCUGUACUUCUUUUACUCAUGACCUUGUGACAUAUGAGGUCUCAAUGCAAAUGAAAAAUCCAAGCAAUUACUCUUCGGGAGGAAAAUAAUCUCUCAGCUCCUAAAUGGGUAGAAAAACACUAAAGCAUUCAACUUAUUCAAGGUAAGUAAUCCCUGGAAGAUACCUUGAAAUGAAAGUGCCUCUGAAUUAAAUCAUAUUGAGGAAGUAAACAACUCAUUUGAAGAAGUCCUGGAAAUAUCAUUCCUUUAAAAGAAAUUAUUUACCAUGUAUGCUUGCUUCGUAAAAUAAACUCCACUGAAGAGGGGAUCAUUCAUUUCUAAAAGAUCGUUGAGGCUUGUUGGAAAGAUCCUGCUAAAUAUUUUUAAAGAAGAAAGAGCUGUUCCUCAAUUUUCUAAUGAAUAAAAGAAGACCACUAAUGUUUUAAAGUAGACUUAUUUUAAAGACCUUUAUCUGUAGUACCUUUAUGAGGGGCUUUGAUCAACCAUUUAUUCAGCAGUCGAUGUAGGAGCAUUAUGGGCCUGAUGAGCAAAUUUCAGACUGAACUUAUACACUGGUUUGAGCUUAAUGACUUCUGGAUAAUUAUUGUUUAUACAGCUAUGGACUUUUUCUUUCUGUAUAUAUACACACAUAAGUUCUUAAAAGAAUAUGUUUAUAGGUAUGAAUCCACUAGUCCUCCUAGCACACAUUUUUAGCAAGGGUACCCAGGAGUAAAUUUCUAAAAAUCCAUUUUUAAUGACCUUCUCUUGGUUAUAAAAACAGUACUUAAGAAUUCUAAUUUAUAUUCUGAAACAGAUUAUGAAUGUUGCACUUUAGCUGUAUUUCAAAUUAUUAAUACACUGAUAGAUAAAAUAUGAAAACUGUACCUCACUAAUGACGCUUAAAAAGCAAAACUCUACAAAGACCGUGAUUAGAGGCCAGUAUUUCAUAUAAACUAGAUACUGUGUAAAACAGUGACUGCCAAAUUAAGCAAGUGCACCUACUUCUUUAGAUUUUACUCUUUCUCUUCAAAUGUAUGUAUUAAAUGUGUUUUUACCAGAUGUAUAAGAGCAUUGUCUUCCACAUGGAACUAGAGAAACAAAAUUGAGGAAUUUAACUUAUAUUCAGUGAAUAUAAAUGUGACAUCAAAAUUUCCAUAACCUAGAGAUAAGUUAGAGAUAACUUAUUUAAAAUCUGGAAACUUUUAUAAAAACUUAAUAUUUCACUUAUCUUUAAUGCCUUUUCAUUUGCAAAUAUAAUCCUUUUUUUGUAAUAUUUAUCCAUGCAUAGGAACUAGAUGCUGCUAGCUGCAGAAUAUGAUUUCAUCUGAAUUGUCCUGUAUCUGUCUUUAUUGUUGCAAGUGAUCAAAUAGUAAAAGGCUUACCUCUAAUUUAUCUAUUAUGGAAAAUAUUUGUUCAUAUGAAGCCCCUGCCAACAACUAUCUCUCGCUAGCUGCCUAAAUUCCUGUAAGUUAUCUGUUCACAAGCCCAGAGUCUGUAAUUGGCCCAAGAACAAGGAGGGCAGACCUUUGUAAAGGCAUUCGAGGAGUGAAACCUCCUGAAUGCAGUGUAUCCCAGUAGAAAUUAAAAAGGUACGAUAUAUGGGCAAAAGAGCUGUUUUUUCAUUACAUAAAAAGCAAAGUAAUUCAUACACGUGAAUUUCUGGAAUCCUAAAAAAAAUUUAGCUCUUUUCUAUUCAGAAAUGAUAGCAUUUGGGGUAUUAUUGAGUGCACUAAAACCAAUGUGCUAGGAUUGCUGGAUAACAGGAGUCUCAGAAGCAGAAAGAAAACUGCUCCUCACCCAUUAGCUAGUUGGUGUAAUUUAAAAUUUGUUACAAACUUUAAGGAAAAUUAACCAUUUCUAUCAGGGAUUAUUCACACAAUUGGUACCCUAACAACUUAAUGUUUAUCUUUUUGGCAAACAAAUGUGGGUACUGGGAUGAUUUUGAAAUCUGGAUUAGACAUCAUUAGGACAUCCUUAUGUAGCCUCUGGAGUCCAUCUGUCCUAGGCUAUAGGAAAUUUCACGUAAGUCCUGAUGGAGUCAAAUCCUGAAAAGUGAGAGCAUCCAAGUUAUUUCACUUGGGAAUUACUGAUAUGUCAUCAUGAUGUUUUAAGUAUAUGAGCAUUUACUUUCAGUUCCAAUAAAUAUUUUCUGAAACCCAGAAUUUGUUAUAUUUCAUGUCUUGCUUUAAGCUCUAGCUUUUAAGCCCUAGAAACUAAUUUUUAGCAAAAUAACAGCCAUUUUAACUUCUUUAGACAUAUCCAGAGAGGGGGAAAAAAUUCUUAUUUUUUUUUAAAGUAUGACUAUAUUCCUUCACAUUAAAAUUAGUUUGUAACUUUUUUUUUUAUAAACAAUUACAUGUUCCUUGGGAAUCAUUCAUUUCUUCCGUGCUUCCUCCAUAAAGAUUGAUAAGCCUUGGGUGUAAUCUGUAAAAAAAAAAUAUAUAUAUAAUUAUUUCGUCAAUCUAUCUUUCCUUUUCACACAUAUACCUAUUGAGUAUGACACAUCACACCGAAUGCAAACCUAAUGGCAGCUAACAAUCAUGGUUUCAUGGCACAGCUGCAAUCUUGUAAGAGAUUGGAGGGCCUAACAAAUCAGCCCCAGUAAUCACUGUACAAUCCAGGCACUGUGCCUGUAGAAAGCUCACAUCGAAUGGAAUGCUCCUGCACACUUCUACCUCUUGGGUCAUAAUGCUUACCAACAAGGAGUUUGCAUGGUCCUAAAGUUGUUUAUGCCAGUUGUUCUGUUAAAUAGUAUGUAAAUCGUUCCCUUGGAAAGUAAGUUGAAUGCUUUGGGAAGAGCUGAUAGAAGCCACACUGCUGAACACAAAGCAGUAACGACUGGAGAUCUAAAUGUAACAAUCUGCUACCCAGAUGGCUUUCACAAGGUUAAGAUCUUGAUCCGUUUUUUAAAUUACAAAACCUAAGUCCUAGAAAUUAUCUGUAUAUUUCAGGGAGAAUGGGAAUUUGAAAUAGCAAGAGAGAAUCAAAUUUGGUCAUGAGUCUGUGUGAAAAUGCUUUGGCUGUAUAUAACAAAUUGGUAAAUAAAUGUAAAGUCACACUGUAUUUAUUAAAAUUGUACAUCUUUUUAUGUUUCCCUGAUUCAUUAAAAAAAGAAAUCUAGUCCUGACAAGGCGGCUUCCAUUACACUUAAGUUUUGUGUCUACUGGUGGACAUUUAAGACAGUGAAAUAAUUACACUUACUUAACCUGAACCUCUGACUUGGCUUCCAUUAAGUCACCAUCUACAUUCCAAGGGAAACUGUUUUCUGAAGCAGCGGCAUGCAGUCCAUCCUCCUCUAGGCUGUAUCCGCUAUUAUUUCUUGGACGAACUUUCACUUCUCCAACAGUGUAAGUCUCAACAAAUGGAAAAUUGAACUAAAUAAAACAAAUGCAAAUGAUCACGGUGCUUGCUUUAUCCCUAACUGCUAAUGCAAAUUAAAGUUUACUGUGCUCUAUCCCGUACGUAAAUAGCAACAUGCAUGAUGACGUUUUUAUAGCUUUGAAACUCCGUACCAGGGAUUCCCAGUUUCUUUGGCAAGCUUGUCUUAUGAUCAGUGUUGUGUACUUAUGAGGUUGUAAAUUGUGUAUCAUACAAUUUCCAAUUAAAGAUUUUUUUUAAGA